AAUCAGAAGAAUGGGUCAAGUGGGGAGUUGCGAAAGACAUUGAUUGCUUCUUCACCUUUCUAAAGAGAGAGAGAGAGAGAGAGAGAGAGAGAGGGCUUUGGGCGCGGAGGAGAGCUCAAAGACAAGACUUGUUCCUCAAGAGUGCAAAAGGCAGAAGGGAAAAAAAAAAAAAAACCCACGUAGGCACUAUGUAGUAGAGAAGUAGGAUGUAGCUUUCAAAGUAAGCCCAGCGGAUACGUGGCGGAGGCAGCAGCAGCAGCGUUUCGGAAAACCUGGUCAACCAAUAACCGUUUCGCCUAAUAUAAAUAUAUAUUCUUUUUCAAGAAAGACACGCGUCAAGCCUACGUUGGUAGUUCUGUGCUACACCGCAAGCACUAAAUGCGGGAUGAAAUACACUGCUCAGUAGCCUACAGAGCAUAUCUCUGUUCCUGCCGAUGAGAUGGAGAAAUGUACGGAUCUCGUAAACAAACCAAAGCGUGGAUUGGUAGAGACUACCAGCAUGCCGUGGUCUCAGAAUCACUUGAUUCUUUAGCAUCACCAACCUCGAAAAUCAGCGUAGCUGUCUUAACUGAGAGAGGGGUGCUUCUUCUGCAUGCAUACAAAAAGACACUCCCAAACGGUACUCCCCCGACGCUACUGAGACCUCUCUCUCUCUCUCUCUCUCGUUUUCUUGGGUUCUUGGUUCGUCUACUCUCUGCAAGAAUUUUCAAUAUUAUUUGGUUUGAAUGUGCAGGAAAAAGAGUUUCUUUGAUACCAUCACGUGAUUCUCCUUUUGUUAAAGUGGAUUCUUACGUACGUGACAAUCAAUAUAUAUUUCUUUGUAUUGAUGUUUGAAGGGAAUUAAGGAUAUUCUUAAUUCAACAGAGAUAAUAAAGCAAACUCUUGCAAGAAAGGAGAUGAAGUUCGGGAAAGAGUUCAAGAAACAAAAGGUGCCCGAGUGGACAGAAGCGUAUAUGGACUAUAAUGGCCUCAAAAGAAUACUAAGAGAGGUAAUGCGUUACAAGCAGAGCCUCCUGCAUCCUGCACUCAAGCACAAAAGAGCCUCACAGCAGAAGCAGAUCACAUUCAUGGACAGUACUGCCUUCAGUGCGCAACACCUGCAAUCUAGCAAUCUUAAUCAAAGUAAAACGGACGUCGAGAACCAAGUUAUAGAUGUUGACACGUUACAGCGAGAUGGUUCCAAAAAGAUAUACAAGACCAUGUUCCUCGGUCGGUCGGAGGAUGGAAGAGAUGUCGAGACGAUGUUUUUCGCAAAACUUGAUGAACAGCUCAACAAGGUCAACACUUUCUACAAGGACAAGGUGAAGGCUCUGAUUCAUGAAGCUACACUGUUGAAUAAACAAAUGGAUGCUCUCAUUGCAUUGCGGAUCAAGGUGCGGAAACCUCAUCUUAAUCGCUCUAAUUUUAAGAUCAGACGUAGUCUUUCCAAUGCUGCUUUGAGGAUGCACCCAACUAACAUCACUUCGAAGGGAGAUAAGAGUUCAGGAAAGGAGCAUAUGGGUUUGACUCCUGAAGUACAUACAAUUUAUGAUCAUAAAAAAGACGAAUCUACUGCUGAGAAAGAACUCAAUUCAGCACGCACCACCGGUUGUAGUACUGAUCAUGGAGAGCAGGUGAGGAAUCAUGACUACCAACAAGAUCCUCUAAAAAUUCUUGAUCACGUGAAGAUUAACAACACACUUGACUCGCCAAUUUCAACCAUAAGAGGUGUUUUCAAGGAUUCCAAAGAACAGGACUUGAGUUUUAAUAAGGAGGAACUAAGAAGAGUUGAAGAACAACUGAGACAUGCGUUCAUUGAAUUCUACAACAAGCUGCGUCUUCUAAAGCACUACAGUUUUAUGAACCUUUCAGCAUUUUCCAAGAUAACGAAAAAGUACGAAAAGAUCACAUCAAGGAGAGCAGCCAGAUCAUACAUGAAAAUAGUGGAUAACUCUUACCUUGGCAAUUCUGAUGAGGUUACUAGUCUCCUGGAGAGGGCGGAAGGUAUCUUCAUCAAGAACUUUUCAAACUCAAAUCGUAGAAAGGGCAUGGAGUCAUUGAGGCCAAAAGCAAAAAGAGAAAAGCACAGUGUGACAUUUCUUUCAGGCUUCUUUUCAGGUUGUUCAAUUGCUCUACUAGUUGCUAUUGCUUUAAGAAUAGACGCUGGUAAUCUGAUGAAUAAGGAGGAGGGAACACAGUACAUGGAAAACAUUUUCCCACUAUACACUUUAUUUGCAUAUGCUGUGCUACAUAUGCUCAUGUAUGCUGCAAACAUAUACUUCUGGAGGCGUUAUCAUGUCAACUAUCCAUUUAUAUUUGGUUUCAAGCGAGGGACUGAGUUGGGCUACCGAGAAGUUUUCCUCCUCAGCACUGGUCUUGCAGUACUUGCAUCAGCUGGUUUCCUAGCAAACUUGCAUCUGGACAUGGAUUCAAGUACUCAUGGCUACAAGACGGCCUCUAAAAUGGUUCCUCUGAGCUUGGUCACUUUUGUGCUUGUGAUCACCUUCUGCCCUUUCAACAUUAUCUACCGUUCAAGCCGCUUCUUCUUCAUUAAACGUGUUUUCCGCUGUAUAUGUGCCCCUCUCUACCCGGUUACCCUACCAGAUUUUCUCUUGGCAGACCAGCUUACCAGCCAGGUUCAGGCCUUUAGGAGCUUUGAGUUAUACAUAUGUUACUAUGGAUUGGGAGAAUACUCAAGAAGACAAAACAGGUGUCACCGUCAUGAAGUCUAUAAUACCUUCUAUUUCAUUGUUGCAGUUAUACCAUAUUGGCUGCGCUUCCUACAGUGCAUUCGUCGAUUCUACGAAGACAAAGAUGCAAUGCACGGGUACAAUGGUUUGAAGUACUUCUUGACCAUUGUUGCAGUUAUUAUUAGAACAGCUUUUGAGCUAAAGAAGAGAAUAGCCUGGUUGGUGUUUGCUCUAGUCAGCUCUGCCAUUGCAGUAACAAUGAAUACAUAUUGGGAUAUAGUUGUUGACUGGGGGCUUCUGCAAAGGCAAUCAAGGAACAGAUUAUUGAGAGAUAAACUUCUCAUUUCCAGAAAGAGUGUCUACUUUGCAGCUAUGUUCUUGAAUAUAGUACUGCGACUUGCUUGGAUGCAAUUGGUGUUGGGAUUCAGAUUGCAUUCCCUUCGUAAGAUGACCAUAACAACCACAAUGUCAUGCCUAGAAAUUAUUCGCCGAGGCAUUUGGAGCUUCUUCAGGUUGGAAAAUGAGCACCUAAACAAUGUUGGCAAAUACCGUGCAUUCAAGUCAGUGCCACUUCCUUUCAGUUACAAUGAGAAUGAAGAUGGUGAUGAGACAGAAGAUGAUGAGGAUGAUGAUGAUGACAACAAUGACAAGGAUGAUUAAGCAUCAACUUGAUUGAACACAUACAAAGCCAUGAAGCUAAUAUGCAUUUGCUCUGGGAAUGAUCUCUAAAUCCCUAAAAGCCAGAACGAUCUGUGGUUCUUAGCUCGUCCAAAUACUGCACAGGCUCUGGCUAAAUCGCUUCAUUUCAUUUUUUCUUUUUCUUUUUUUUGUUGGUUGACCUUGAAAAGGUGUUGAAGAAAAUGCUUGAGAAAGUUUUGUAUCAAUGGUUCCUCACAAAGCCGUACACAGAUUCUUCAUUCAUCAAUGCACAAAAUCCUAUUUGGAUCGUCAAAGUGCAUGCUAAUCUUUAACCUUUUUCAGGGCUGAGGGGGUGUUAAAUACUGCUAACUCCCAAUAAAUGGACAUUGUCUCUGGCAGAUAUGUAAACGCAGGAAUAGUAUC